UUUUUUGUAAACAGAAACUCAGCUGAUCUGAGUUUCCUUCUCUGUUCAUCCAAGGCUCGCGCUGCGGUCCCGUAUUUAAGAGAUCGUCCGCCUCCCCGAGGCACCCACAGCCGCCCCGAAGAUGCUCCUCUCCGCUGCGAUCGCGUCUCCGAUGAGGCUGCUGGUGCAGCUCUUCGCCUACAUCCUGCGCGUGCUCUUUCACGAGACGACCGAUGUGGGUGCGGGGGCAAAGUCACCCGUCACACCGUCUGUUGAGAGAAAAGUGGACGAAGGGAGAACGCAACAUGAGAUGACUCCGACGAGCGUCAACUAUCAUUUUACGCGCCAGUGUAAUUACAAGUGUGGGUUUUGCUUCCACACUGCAAAGACGUCGUUCGUGCUGCCUCUGGAUGAAGCCAAGAGGGGCCUCAAACUCCUGAAGGAAUCAGGCAUGGAGAAGAUCAACUUCUCUGGAGGGGAGCCGUUCCUGCACGACAAAGGAGACUUUCUAGGGAAGUUGGUUCAGUACUGCAAACAGGACCUUCAGCUCCCAAGUGUCAGCAUUGUCAGUAAUGGGAGCAUGAUUAAAGAAAAAUGGUUCCAGAACUAUGGUGACGACUUGGACAUCCUGGCCGUCUCCUGUGACAGUUUUGAUGAAGCGACCAACCAGCUGAUUGGCAGGGCUCAGGGGAGGAAGAGCCACGUGGACAACCUCCACAAGAUUCGCAGCUGGUGCCAGCAGUACAGAGUGGCGUUCAAACUCAACUCGGUCAUUAACACCUUCAACGCGGACGAGGACAUGACGGAGAACAUCCUCCAGCUCAACCCGGUCCGCUGGAAGGUGUUCCAGUGUCUGCUGAUCGAUGGGGAGAACGCCGGGGAGAAAGCCCUGAGAGAGGCGGAGAGGUUCGUCAUCAGCGAGCAGCUGUUCCAGGAGUUCCUGGAAAGACACAGCGGCGUCCCCUGCCUCGUUCCUGAGUCCAACGAGAAGAUGAGGAAUUCCUACCUGAUCCUGGAUGAAUAUAUGCGUUUCCUGGACUGUCGAGAGGGACGGAAGGACCCGUCCAAGUCCAUCCUUGAUGUUGGCGUGAAGGAAGCCAUUUGCUUUAGUGGCUUUGAUGAAAAAAUGUUUCUGAAAAGAGGAGGGAAAUAUGUGUGGAGCAAAGCCGACAUGAAGAUGGAGUGGUGAAAAUUGUGUUUGCUGUGAUUACACAGAUCAUUUUUAUAGUGUAUAUAUGUGUUACUUAUAAAUCUCACUUCGCUGCUCACAGUUGGCAUUAAAAGUCCAAAAGUUGUGUAAGAAAAUAUAUUGUUGUGUAUAUAUAUGCAUAGUAUUUAAUAUUCACACUGUGUACACUUGUCAGAAAAUAUGACUUAAUAAACAUAUUUAAAAUU